AGAAAGCAAAAAUAACAUGAAUGAGAUUGUCAACAACGAUGUCAGUAACUAGAGAGUUAUAGUAUGAUUCAAGCCGUAAUCUACAUAUAAUUUUAGAUUUGACUUUGAUAUUGUCGAGAAAGAAACUUAUUUAGGCUUUAUCGUAUGAGUGUAUUAAUAGUUUGCCAAACCUUUGUUUAAUUUUGCUUACAUGGAACAGAUUUAACUUGCAUUGGAGUAGUUUUGAGAUCAUUCUGAAUAACUAUUCUCUUCAUACUCCUCAGUAGAUAUUGUCUUGUGCAGGUUGUUAAAACUUGUCUGAGCCUCUUGAGUUAGAUCAUGAGUUACUCUGAGCUAACAUUUAGAACAUGAUCUAAACAUUUUUGUUACAGUGCAAUUGCACUUUAAUGUUAUGUUUGGUUAUUAUGAGAUUGACGAUUUGCAUGUGUACCUAAAGACAUGCUAACUCUUUUUUUUAAUAGGAUAGUUUGGGCUAUAGUUUUUCUUGUAUCUGAAGCCAUCAUCAACCACCCGUGAUUUGCUAUAAAAAAAGUAGAAUGUUAGGCAAAACAACUUUUUGUUUGUGUGUUUAUUUCUUUAUAAUGUUUCCUCCUUGGGAGUUUUUAGCUACUAGACAACUUGUCAUUCACUUAAAAUUGUAAUCACACAUGGAUGGUUCUCAUACAUUAAUCAUGUGCACGGACAUAUAAUUAAGUUACAUUCAUGCUUGUCUGUAACUUAGUUUAGUCGAAUUUUUGAAAUUACAGAGGAAUUAUAAAAGGGAAAUCCUAUAGUUAGAUAUGUUUCCAGCCUUUUUCAUGGGCUCCAUCAUUCUGUUUAAAGUGUCUCCAAAAGUUGGCAUUAAAAUGGUUGCUGAUGUUAUUAAGAGAAUAAAAUAUUAGUAGUUUUGAGCAGAGUGGAUUAAGUAGUUUAUUAUUUAUUUUUUGUCAAUAUCUAUUUUAGUAGUAUUUGUUUAAAAGUUGGAAACUGCAUAUACGUAUUUGUAUACAUACAUACACAAAGAGAGCGAUUUUGACUCUUUUGAAACACCGAAUCACAAUCAUUAUGCACGUUAAAAUUUUUGGAUCCGAAAGUUAAAGUACCAAAAUACCCCUCAAUGGUUGAUUAUUUGUGAUUAUAUAAAAUUAACAUUAUUAAUUUACCCUCUUCAAUUCAAUCAAGUCUUAUAUUAAGUGUCUACCACCUAAAAACCUUUUUACAAAAAUUAAACAAUGGAAAAAGUUUGAGAUUAGGCGAACCCUAUUUUCGGAAUUUCGCAUUUUACUGCCGACUAUUAUUUUUAAUUUUUAUUUAAAUUUUCAAAUUUUACUUUUUUGUUUUGUUUUUUGUUUCUCACGGUAUACGGGUACUUGUCGUCAACAAAAAUGGUGAUUUUCUCUGUCUGAAAAACACUUUCUCUCUCUCUCUGUCUCUCUUGAAUCUACUUCCUCUCUCAAAAAGUAGAUUUUGACAAAGAGAGAGAGAUACAACGGGAGGAGAGACAAUGGGAGAUGCAUCAAAUCCACCACUUGGAAGCAACUAAAAAAGUAAGAAGGAAGUUAAGUCAAAAGAGUUUCGAGCAGAAAUAAAACAGAAACAAUCGCCGCCAUUGUUAGGGUUUUAAAGAAGCGAAUAAUAAAGCUUUGAACUUUGGUAUUGAAGAUAGAUUUGCUUUUACAUAGACAAGCAGAGAAAGAGACUCGUCAAUGAUAGUGACUCCUCCAAUUUGAAUCCGAAAGAGACCCCAAAAAAGAUCUCAUUUUUGAAUUUCCUUCCUUCCUUCUACCCACAGGGGGAGAAGAUGAGACCAGCUGCUAUACCUCUUGACUAUGCUGUUUUCCAACUCUCCCCAAAGCGCUCAAGAUGUGAAUUGUUUGUCUCUACUGCGGGGAACACUGAGAAGCUUGCUUCUGGACUGGUCAAACCCUUUGUUGCUCAUUUGAAAGUCGCUGAAGAGCAUGUCGCCAGGGAAGCUCAGUCUAUAAAGCUGCAAGUUGAAAGCAGCGAGAAUGCUGGAACUUGGUUUACUAAAGGGACACUCGAGAGGUUUGUACGGUUUGUUAGUACCCCGGAGGUUCUGGAGUUGGUUAGCGCUUUGGAUGAGGAAAUGUCUCAGUUAGAGGCUGCCCGGAAAAUAUAUGGCGAGGGGACUGGUGAUCAGCGAUCUGGUGCAAAAGAUGGCGCAGAAACUACAACAGCAGCUGAUGUGACAAAGAAGGAGCUACUAAGAGCUAUUGAUUUACGGCUUGCAGCGGUUAGACAGGACUUGGCAACUGCUUGUAAUCGUGCAUCAGCUGCUGGUUUCAACCCAGUCACUGUCCCUGAACUUAGUCAAUUUGCUGAUCGAUUUGGGGCUAAUCGCUUGAAUGAAGCAUGCGCCAAGUUUAUCGCACUUUGCCAGAGAAGGCCAGAGCUUAUGAGCUCCUGGAGGUUCAAUCAGGGAGAAGAAGCUAUACGUUCGUCAUGGGAAUCUGAUAUGUCAAUUGAUGAUCCCAGUGAAGACCCAACCAAAAACCUAGCAGCUAAUAGAACCCAACAACAUAGAGAACAUCGUAUACAAGAGCAAAGUGCAACAGGAAGCAGUUACUCCCAGCAAGAAGCAAAGGUGAUGCCACAAAGUAGUCAUGAUGAAAAGAAUGAAGAAGAGGAGAAAAAAGGUCAAUUGCAAAAUGAGCCAUUAGCAAGUCAGACUAAGCAGCUCACGAGACGGCUCAGCGUGCAGGAGAGGAUCAAUCUAUUUGAAAACAAGCAGAAAGAAAACUCUGGAGGGAAAACAGCUGUGGUGAAAUCCACUGAGCUGAAAAGGCUCUCUUCUGAUUUGUCUUCUUCUGUGCGGAGAUGGAGCGGUGCUAGUGACAUGAGCAUUGAUUUGGGAAAUGAUAAGAAGGAUGGUACUGGUGAUAGUCCAUUGUGCACUCCCCCGGCAUCAUCAGUGUCCAAAGAUGGUGUAUCUUCAAAACAAUCUGUUGGCUACAAUAAAAUAGAGCAGACCGGAUUGAGUCAUGUUGAGAAUCCUCAUAGGACUGAAGACGAAUGUAGUUCUAACAAUCAGGAUUCAAGCUCUACUUUCUUACGGAAAGAUAAGGAGGUAGACUUGAAGGUGCCAUUGAGCACGGUGGGACAUCAAGGAAAUUCACAGGAUGGUUUAUUGGAGAAAAGUUCCAGAGGGACUUUGGAUUACUCAAGGAAUGCAAAUAGAGAUGAUGAUGAAUCUGAUAACAAAAUGGGCGAUUUUGAAUUAAAUAAGCAGGACCAAAUACAGUUUAGAGAUCCUCUGAGUCAUUCAUUGUCUACACUACAGCAGUUAGGUGGUACUGAAUCUAAUUUCACUAGUGUCCGGAGCAAUGGAGGAACUGCAGAGUCUCCUAGGAAAGAGCCUUCGUCUAGGCAGUCACCACCAGUUGAGGAUCGUCAGAGAAAGACACAAGUCUAUGGAGGUUCUGAUCAGAUGAAAAGACCGCAAGGUAGAAGGGCUGAAGGUUCCGAGAGUGAUACUAUGAGCCAAAUGGCCCCAGCAGAGCAAGUUCAAAGGGCCAGAGCGUCUAAGGGAAGCCAAGAGCUGAAUGAUGAAUUGAAAGUGAAAGCAAACGAGCUUGAAAAGCUAUUUGCUGAACACAUGCUCCGUGUGCCGGGGGAUCAAUCCAGUUCUGUCCGUAGAGGUAAGCCACAGGCUGCCACUUCACAGCCUAGAAGACCUGUAGCAGAGGAUCAGAAGACUCCAGCAACGCCAACUUUAAGCUCAAAUGAUGAAGACAAGUUCAAAACUCCGCCGACAAUGAAGAUGGUUGGUAACAAUGACUAUGGAGAUAAUACCACAAGGCAAAAAAUUCCAGAGAUCAGCUUUUCAGAUAAUUCUAGAGGAAAGUCAUAUGAGAAGUAUAUGCAGAAGAGAGACGUGAAGCUGAAGGAAGACUGGAGUUUGAGAAGGUCCGAGAAGGAAGCCAAGUUGAAGUUGAUGCAAGAUAUACUUGAUCGCAGUAACUCUGAGAUGAAAGCCAAAUUUUCUCAGUCUACGGGAAGACGUGACUCAGAUGUUCGACGUGCAGAGAAGCUUGUGUACUUCAAUUCUAGGCUGAGUGCUAAAAAGGAUCAGCAUCCGAUUUGUUCAUUCCUCACUGAAGAAGAUGAAGAUGUUUCCAGGAGCACUCAGAGUAAGAAGCUGCAACAAAACAAAACAAGUUCCUUGACUGCUCGAACCGCUGCCACAUCAGCUUCACGCUCUUCAGCCAAAGUUUCUACACCCAGUGCUGUUAGACGGAGAGGACAAGACAAAGUUCUUGCACAGUCAGUCCCUAACUUCGCCGAGUUCAAGAAGCAGGAAGGCAUGAUGAAACCAGCCUCGGGAGUUGGAAAAAAUGGUGUCCGUUCACAGGCGAGAAGCUCUGUUAGACCGAAGGCUGUAACUGAAGAAGAGAAACCAAGAAGGCCGGCAAGUAUCAGAAAAGGUGCUGCUGAAGAAGCUGCUGAGUUGGCAGAUGUCUCUCAGUUGAAGUCAGAGGAUGAUGUUUCUGUACCUUUGAAUCUUGAUAAGGCUUCAGAAGGAUCAGAGGAAAUGGAAAAGGAGGAGAUGGAAGAAGUGGUUGAUGACGCAGAAGAAGCUUUUACGGAUGCAGAGAAUGAGAAGUCAAGACAUAGUCAAGAGUUUGAAGAAUGGGGUGGUAAUGGUGAAUCUAAUUCUCAGCUUGAGCCUGAUUCAAAUGCUGAGUUACCUUCUAGAAAUCAUCAAACCAUCGGUUCAUUCCUGGAUUCACAUGCUACAGUGGAGGACUCACCAGUGGGUAGUCCUGCUUUCUGGAACUUGUCUUCCCUUAACCAAACUGAGAAUGAUACAACUCAGAUGAGGAAGAAAUGGGGAGGAGCUGCUGCUCAGAAACGUGGUGUUGGUGGUGGUAAUAAUAAUCCAUCUCAGAGUCAGUGCCAGCAGGAUGUGACUAAAGGGUUGAAGAGGCUGUUGAAUUUUGGAAGGAAGAACCGUGCGGCUGAGAAUUUGUCUGAUUGGAUCUCUGCUACAACCUCUGAAGGGGAUGAUGAUACUGAAGAUGGACGAGAUCUUGCAAAUCGAUCAUCAGAAGACUUGAGGAAGUCGAGGAUGGGGUUUUUGCAGACGCAGGCCUCUGAUGAUAGCUUUAACGAGAGUGAGCUAUACAAUGAACAAGCACAAAACACAAGUGCACCAUUAAGCUUUAAACUGAAGGAGGAUCAGGCGUCAGGAGCUUCUGUAAAAGCACCAAGGUCAUUCUUUUCACUCUCCAAUUUUCGUAGCAAAGGGAAAUGAUUUGAGAGACCAAAGGGUUCAUAGGAUCCAAGCAAAUGAAAGAUAACACAUGAUUCACAUCGCAGAGAGUGGCACGACACACGAGUGUUGAAGAGUGAAAUGAUCUGAGAUAUCACGUGCUCUUUGUUUCCAGGUAAAUGUAUCAUUGAGAAUAGUUUCUCUUGUAUCCAUAAUCAUCAUCCCUUGUUCUGAUAGUGGUUGAGCCUACGUUUGUAAAUUUGUAUCAAACCGGAAACAUGUCCUUAUCGGUUUGGUAUCGAUGUGAUUUUGGUAGUACAAACAAAAAAGGGUGGCAAUGUUUAUUUAACCAGUUUAUACACUGUUGGAAGAUAA